GACUAUGGAAGGCUUGUAUUGGAAGCCUUGCCCUAUUCCUAGCUGUCACUUACACGAAGCUACGCAGAAAUGUUCCUGAAACACCUAAUGUUGAAGUUACGAAGCACGAGAACUCCAUCCAACCUGAUCUGAAUGCGGACCAAAGCAUCAUUCCCCAACGGCCAGCGUAUGGCACACAAGGACAAGAAAACGUACUUUGGGCCAACUACAUUGAACUAAAGACGAACCCACAAGUGAUGUUGAGAAAAUACUCAAUCAAAAUCGAAGAAGAGCAACAGCCGACAGGGAAGAAACUUUUUCGCAUUAUCAAACUACUCCUUGAAGAAAUCCAGAAACCGGAAAGUAAGGUGCUAGUAACUGACUUCAGCAGUAUUCUUAUCUCAUGUGAGGACAUAAAGGACAUUAAAGCAGGAGGUAAGACGUUUACAAUCCCCUAUUAUAGCGAGACCGAGAAAGGGCCACGCGACAACGCCAAGAGUUACCAGAUCAAAGUCCAGCUUGACGAGACAUUGCCUAUCUCAGCACUUGAAAAUUACCUCACACAUCCUACCAGCCAAUAUAUUAACAGAGGAAAAAUGGUUCAAGCUUUGAACAUCUUCUUGAAUUACUAUACAAAGGACUCUAGCAAGUACUGCACAAUUGGCACAGGAAGAUCUUUCCCUCUAGAUGAAAAAUCCUCUAUAAUAGACCUCAAAUACGGUUUGGUUGCAAUUAAAGGAUACUAUUCGAGCAUCUGUCUCGCCACAUCUCGGAUUUUAGCCAACAUCAACGUCAGCUACGGGAUGUUCUAUGAGAGUAAGAAGCUGGAGGUGAUCAUGAAGAAGUACUACACCGAAUCUAGAUGGGAUGAUCCCACUCUUCGAUUGCUAGGGAAGUUCCUUCGAGGAGUUCGAAUCGAGUACUCUUGCAAAGACAAGGCCCAAAAUCCGAUUCGCCGGCGCUUUAGAAUUCAUGACCUCGCUUCUCAAGAUGACGGCAUGACAGAUAAAGGCCAGAAAACAGAAAACUCAUCAGUUGUGAAGAGGUACGGAGCUGGACCCAAGGAGGUCUCGUUUUGGGUCCAGGACCGGGGCAAAUAUAGCACUGUUUUCGACUUCUUCGAGAAAGAACGCAACACAAUAUUGGAUACUGAGUGGCCGGUAGUUAAUGUCGGGUCACGCCAAAAGCCGACAUAUCUCCCGGCGCAGUUGUGCACAAUAUUGCCUGGACAGAGGGCAAAGGCAGAAGGGAAUACUGGGCAAACGACCACGAUGAUAGGACAUGCCGUACGCAACCCUGUGGAAAAUAUGGAGGAUAUUGUAUCCCAUGGUAUGAAGGCGGUCGGCCUUUGUAAAGAUGAAAAUCCCAUGAUGAAUAGGUAUGGGUUUCGAGUACCCGAUGGUAAACUAAUAACCGUCAAAAGUCGUGUUCUCCCUACGCCUACAAUACGGUACAGUCAGGGGAAACCGGAAAACCAAACCAGAUGGAACCUGAAUUUCAAGAGCCUCAGACCUCCAAGCGAUUCUAGAAAGUGGAGCUGUAGAGUUCUCCGCAUGGUGCCUCACGACGAAAGAGCCCUUGAAUUACUUCGACAGUGUUUCAAAAUGUUGAAGAACAACGGCAUAGAGAUCAAAGAACAGCUGCCUCCAGUAUCUAUAAACGUAAGGGGCAGCAAUGAAGCACUCAAACGCGAUCUCAGCAGAGUCUUCAAGUAUGAAGCCAAGGGAAUCGACUGCAUGAUCGUAAUCUUACCAGACUCAAGCAAGGCCCUCUAUAACCAGAUUAAGAGGCUUGCUGAUAAAGAGUAUGGAGUUACGACAAUCUGCAUUGUUGCAUCUACUCUAACGGGACAGAAUAGUCUCGGGGGCCUCGCCGGAAACCUCGCUCUAAAAUUCAACUUGAAAUUUAGGAACAACAACCAAUCUGUCGAUAACCAGAGCCUGAAAGACGUCAUUGAUCUAAACAAGACAAUGGUUGUCGGCAUCGAUGUCACGCACUCGCCAAUCGAACACGCCCCCAGCAUCGCAGGAAUGGUGGCGAGCAUAGACGCACAGCUUGGACAAUGGCCUGCCGUACUGAGACGUCAAAAAGAGAAAGGCGCGGAGAUGGUCGAACAAUUAGAAGACAUGUUGAAGACGCGGCUUCAAUUAUGGGGCUCGAGGUACAAGAGAUAUCCCGAAAACAUCCUCAUCUACCGCGACGGCGUCUCGCAGGGCCAAUACGAUCAUGUCCGUAAACACGAACUGCCGAAGUUGCGGGAAGCAUGCACAAAGCUGUAUCCAAAAGACGAUGCGCCGAAGAUAACCAUCAUCGUGGUUGGGAAACGCCAUCACACGCGCUUCUAUAAACAGUCUACGUAUCAAGCCAACGGCAACAACCCACAACCAGGCACAGUAGUCGAUCGCGGCGUGACCGAAGCGCUCAACUGGGAUUUCUUCUUGCAGUCGCAUAAACCGCUCAGGGGAACGGCGCGCCCGGCCCACUACUUCGUCGUCCACGACGAGAUCUUCCGAGCGAAAUUUGGUGCGGAGGCGGCGAACAAGCUGGAGACCUUCACUCACAGUCUGUGUUACUUGUUCGGGCGCAGCACCACUGCGGUCAGCAUUUGCACGCCGGCAUACUAUGCGGAUAUUGUCUGCCAGCGCGCUCGUUGCUACGCGGAUGAUUUACCUGGACUGGAAGAUUUUGAAGUUCAUGAUCGCUUGAAGAACACAAUGUUUUACAUCUGAGCAUUCGUGCUGUUCGAAUAACCCUUGGAGCGUUACCAUUCUUCUAUCGGGAUUUUACCCCUUGAUGGCGUUAAUGCCAUCCAAGCCUCCUUCGUCUUUUCGUAG